AUGAUGGUAUCGUCAAGAAAAAAACAUUAUAAUCCAAAAUUUAAAUGGUUGCGAAAUAAAAAAUUUAUUCCUAUCGAUUUACCCGAUUUUCAAGAAAAACCUUCACGUGAAAAAAUGAGAACGAGAUUAAAAGAAUUGGGAGUUCUUCCACCCCGUUUUUGGAAACGUAGACCAAUGACAAUUACCACAACAUCAACUAUUGUUAAUCCUUACGAACCCCCACCAGGGGAUGGUAAGAGUUCAAUCAUACCUAAGGUAGGUAGUACCUGUAUUGUCGAUAAAGUCAAGGAACAAAAAGAUUACAUGUUAGCCAAAAGGCAAAUUACCAAUUACGAUUCAAAUUUUAAUACAAAAGUAUUUCCUCAAGAAGCUCAUGAUAUUUAUGUCAAAGCUCAUACGAUUUUAAUGAAAAAUGACCCGGAGGAACUUUCGGAAUAUGUAACCGAAUCGGCCAUAAUGGAAAUGAUGAGCGGUAUAAAAAACAAAACUCUAAGAUGGAAAUUUAUAGAAUCUUUAGAACCUCCAAAAAUAGUUCAAAUGAGUGUUGCUCCAGUUAUUCAAGAAUCUAAUUUAUUCGGACAAGUCACAGUUCGAUUUCAUACAAAACAGGCGAGUACAAUGUUAGCCAUAUAUGAUAGAUUUGGUAGAUUAUUUUAUGGUAGCGAAACGAUAGCAAAAGAUGUAUUAGAAUAUGUUGUUUUUGAAAAACACAUUGUUAACGAAUAUGGAACAUGGAGAUUGCAUGCUAAAAUUAUACCAGAAUGGAUGCCAUCAAGGGAACCAAUGCCUAAAACGACAAUAGUAGAAAAAAUUGAAGACAUGGAUGAAGAUGUCGAAGAUGAGGUUUUAUAUGAAGACGAUUAUAAAUCAUAUGCAGAAGAAGAUAGUAUGCAAAAAGUUCCACAAACGACAGCACAAUAA